AAAAAAAAACGAAAAAAGUCAAAAUUAAUUUUAUCUUAGCAGUAACAGAGAAUAUGUGGGAAGUGUACAAAGAGUAUCAUGUUGAUUAUUUAAUUUUUUUUUCUCAUUACUAUCAUUUAUACCGUUUCAUAUGUAUGUAUAGCGUUUGUAUAUAAGAAUUUGUGUUCAUAAAAAUUCCAAUUCGUAACUUUGAUAUAAAAUGAGGAAUUUUUUAAUGAUCUUAUUAUCUUAUUAUCUUAUUUUAUGAAAGAGUUUAGAAAAAUUUUUCGUAAAAACAUUACAAAUCCCAAUCAUAUUUCUAGAUAUUCUUUUACUCUCGACGUUCCUUGAUUUUUAAUUCUUUUAUAAAUAUAGAUCCUACCAAAAUAACAACGAUGUUAAAAUAUGAAGGUCGUCUUGUAUAUCUUGCCAAUCGAAAUUAAAAAUUUAUUGUACUUCCAUGAUGAUUGGCCAACAUUCAAAAAACAUCCAUGUCCGUGUUUCAUAAUUGGCCCUAAAUCUCGUGUACUGAUAGAAAAAUACAUAGUUUAUGCUACUCUAUAAAAUCGAAUAAAAUAAAUCGAGGGACGUUGACGACAAAUAUAAAUUUUUAAUAUCUAUCGUUGGUCGAUAUAAUGCUCGGUAACAAAAGCAAAAAAAAAGAAAAAAUGGAAGAAAGAAAAAAAAUUGGGGAAACGAUUCGUUGCGUCGCGUUCCAUUUAUUACAAGAUCCGCCUGGUGGUGUACGUAAUAAGGUCUAGAAAAUUGGCAGGAGGUCCAAACGAUAUACAUAUAAAUGCGUUAGUAGAAUUUUAGGCGGGAUGGUUUUCAUCGGGUUUACCCCCUCUAUAUGUUUCAUGGAGAAUUGCCGCAAGACGGCGCGCGAUUGGUCGCACGCAUGCGUUAGUAGCAUUGAUGGUAUCACGUGCAGUAGAGUGGGGAGAUAUAGAUGGUAGCAGUUAGUAGGACCGCGUGCCGCAAGAGGGUGUUGUAGGAGCAAGCGAGGAAGCGAGAAAGAGUCGGAGUACACAGCAAUCCCAACCAGGAAAUUUGGAAUUGGUAGUGUUGCUCUGACAGUGACGUCUGAACCAAGUCCUAAACCAAGGUGAAGAUUUUGGACAGUAUAACAAAAUGACCGAUCAGCUAGAACAGCAGCAGCAGCAGCAGCAGCAGCAGCAGCAGCAACAAUCGCAACAGCAGACCAAAGGCAAUGACGAGCCGCGGACAAAUUUGAUUAUCAACUAUCUUCCACAAAGUAUGACGGAGAAGGAUCUCUACAGCUUAUUUGUGACGAUAGGACCUGUUGAAUCAUGUCGUGUCAUGAAAGAUUACAAAACCGGAUACAGCUAUGGUUUUGGCUUUGUAAAUUAUACAAAGGCUGAAGAUGCUAUUACUGCUAUAAACACAUUAAAUGGUCUUCAAGUACAAAAUAAGCGGUUAAAGGUAUCCUUUGCACGUCCUUCUGGAGAAGAGAUAAAAGAAACAAAUCUCUAUGUGACUAAUUUACCAAGAAAUAUAACGGAAAGUCAAAUCGAUGAUAUAUUUAGCAAAUUUGGGAAUAUAGUGCAAAAAAAUAUUUUGAAGGAUAAAUUGACUGGCUUACCAAGAGGUGUAGCCUUUGUAAGAUUUGACAAACGUGAAGAAGCACAAGAAGCAAUUGCACAGCUUCAUGGUACAAUUCCAGAAGGUGGUUCAGAAAGACUCAGUGUAAAGAUCGCGGAAGAACAUGGAAAACAGAAAGCAGCAUAUUAUGCAGGUUGGCAGGCUGGAUAUAAUCAAAGUCGAGGGGGAGGAAGCAGCGGCGGCAGCAGCGCAGGUGGAGGUGGUGGUGUAAGCGGGAGCCUCAGUAGCAGCGCGGGUGGAAGAGGACGAGGUGGCAUCGGUGGACCGCCAGGAAUCGGAAUGGGUAUUGGAGGUGGAGGAGGUGGCGGGCCAGGAAUGCUUGGCAGAGUAGCCGGAGGGGGCUUUGGUCCACGCGGUGCUCAUCAUGGUGGCUUCAUCGGAGGUGGAGGAGGACCUGGAGCAAUGAGGAUGGAGAAGCUACAUCCGCAUCGUUUCAAUCCCAUCGCCAAACCCCAACGUUCUUCAUUCUCAACCAACAUGGAUACCUCGGGACGACGAGCUGUGAAAUAAACGCGCAUCUGUCGCACGUAUGUUUUGUAUUAAAAGACUCAAGAGGAGAAGCUGGUCUGUCACUAUGGGGAUACAAUGGGUCGAGGUAAGAAAAGGCCACACCGAUUCGCUCAACUUUCUCGGAUCUCCUCUCUACACACAUCUUCGAGGGAUAUGGUUUACGAUAAAACUUUUGUUAUGUCAUGAAUGAUUUAAAAACAAAAAAAAAACAAAAAAAAAGAAAAAAAAGAAAAAAAAUCCAAAACAAAAAAAAAACAAAAAAAAACAAAAAAAAACUAAAAGAAAACAACAAAAAUGAUCGUCUUAGGUAAAUUUGAAUUUCUAUUAUAUAAACAUUUAACAAUGAUUUCAUCGUAAACUUUACUACGUGAGAUACAUAUAUCGAAGAUAUACUAGAAUUUAAGACUACAAUGAUAAGAGAAAAGUUCAUUCUUUCUUUUUUUUUUUCUUCUUUUUUUUCUUUUUUUUUCUUCUUUUUUUUCUUUUUUUGUUUCCAUGAAUUUUCCUAUUUCGAUACAUGUAAGUCGUUUCGAAUAAGAGUGAAAUUAGCAUAUCGAUAUUUUAUAUAUAUAUAUAUGUAUUAGUGUAUUAAUGUUAACAUCUCCAUUAACAGUGAUCGAUCAUUCAAAUAUUUUUAAAUAAGAUAAAAAAUUGCGUUUCUUUAGUCGUUCGACUAUAGUGUAAUUCUUUUUCUUUUUUCUUUCUUUUUCUUUUUUUUUUGUUUCUUUUUAAAACAUCGACACAAACGUUAUAGGUUUGUAAAAAUACACAUAUACACACAGACAGUGAAGUGUAUUUAAUAUACUUUGUAUAUCGAACAAUAUUGUCUACGAAAUUGUCUCUAAAUUCUAAAAGAAUAUAUAUAUAUAUAUAUAAGAGAAUAUAUAUAUAUAUAUAAAAUAUAUAUAUAUAUAAAAUAUAUAUAUAUAUAUAUUAUAUGGGUUUUGUUCAAACUAUAAUUUACUGCGUAAGAAUGUAAAUCUUUCUCCCAAUGAAAGAAAAUGAUCUCUCGUAAAAUGUCUACAUUCCUCGUGUGCAUGAUUAAACAUUUAUCGUAUCACCCUUCGACGUAAGAGUUUCGUAAGCAAGAAAUUCCUUACCGCCUUAAUUUCAAAUACCCUUCUCUUAUUCGCAAGACCACCUGGUACAUAUAUACAUACACAUAUAUGCAUACAUAUAAACGUUUUCGUAGAACCCGAUAAGUAAAGUCUCCAGCUGCUUUAGGGUCACGAAUAAAUGAAUCAUAAUGAAAAACUCCGACGUGUGUGUACCGCACAGCGAUCGAGAUAGACGAUUAGAAGACCUUUCUUUCGAAUGCUUUAAAAAAAAUCGUACGUAGCUCUUCAUAAAAAGAAAAUUUUUCUGUCGACAAAAAGAAAUAUCGAAACGGAAAUCGAAUUAAUUUGAUAUCAAAGUUUAAUGUGAUCUAAAUGAUCUUUUCUCUUUUUCCUUUUUUCUUUUUUGUUUUCUGUUUUUUCUGUUUUUUCUGUUUUUUUUUUUUUUUUUGAGGGGGGGAAAUUUUCAUAUUUUUUCUUUUUUUUUUUUCUUUUCUUCUUUUGCUAACGGAGUUUAUUUUACUGCAUUAAAGAAAUUUUUAGUAGAUACGUGUAUUCGAUAAAGGAAUGCUUUAUCUAUCAACGAAAACUUACCAAGCUUCUUCCUCUCCACAAAAAGAAACCACUUCCUCUAUAAAACAUAAAUCUCCUAUCGUUACAACUAUCGUGUUCUCUAUAUUCUAUAUCUUCGAUAAUAACCAACGGAAGUCAUUAAGUGAUUUCUAAAAUAUACUUCCUCUUAUUGUACUUAAACUUUUGAUUUUUUGUUUACAAAUUCAUUGAGCAAACUCUUUUUCCUAACUUUUUGACUUUUUUCUUUCUUACGUAUUUACGAAUAUUAAAUCAGUUGUUAUUAUUAUCAAUUUCUACAAGAUAAAAUGUAUAACAUGGUGUAA